AUGGGGGAUAGGUCAUUUGACAGCAAUGCGGGUCCAGCACCCCAGCUUCAAGGUACAGAGUUGCCAUCCUCGUUGGUAACCGAUGAGUUGUCAGUGGCCCGGUCGCAUGGCGUUGCAUCCACCAACGAAUCGAAUACUGCUCUCCAAUCUUCGACAAGGCGACAGGGCAAGUGUCGAUUUUUCAAAACAAAAAAGGGAUGCCGUAUCGGUGCAACUUGCCCGUAUCUCCAUGAUAACUCGGGUCCUGAGGCCAAGGAGCCUUCAUCGGGAUCCCAGAAACCUGCCCAGUCUUUAGGUGAUAAUACCUCAACAUCAACUCAAGAUAUUGUUGCCGAGACCCGCGAGUUGAGCAUUGCUGCUAACCCAUCGACGCAAAAGUCUACUGCCACAGCUCCUGUCCAACCUCAAAGGCCAGUUUCUAAAAUUGAGCAGUCGGAUCCAAGAGAGUUCCAGAUUAAUCAAUUGCGGCGGCGUUAUCGCCCACAUGAGACCAAUGAUGAUCAGGGUGCUACGUUGACCUUUGGGUUGGUCCCUUCGGAUCCCGAUUUCCCAUUCGAGCUGGAAAGACUCCAAUGUGUCCUUCAUGUUCCAAGCUCAUAUCCACGAGGGCGGCCCACGCUUGCAGUGACCAAUCCUGAAAUGGAAGCUGCAUACCAAGCAAACGUCGCUCGUGGCUUUGACGACAUUGUCGAUUUCACAUAUCGAACCAAUAGCCAAGGGACGCUCCUCGGGUGGCUGAACAGUCUGGACAAAAAGCUCGAGCCGCUCCUCACAACCCUAGAGCGUGGGCCAACUCUCAAGUUUUUUGCCAAUAUAGGCGAUGCAACAAGCGUCAAAGCCCCAGAGAAGGUGGCGAGCCAGCCGAGUCUGUCUCAAGCCACCACGGUAGCACCUGCUGCUGCUCGACCUAUCAAAGGAUCACAGCCACGAUUUGUGGCACCAAAGCAUACGGCUGAAGCGAAAGCUGCAGCUGAAAAGAGACGUGCAAUUGAGACGAAGCAACUAGAAGCGCGUCUAGGAAGACUUCCCAUGUUCCAAAAACUGCCAGAUGGCAAGGCGUAUGUAAUUCCAAUUCAGCCCACCAAAAAGGAUCGCUUGUCUAGAGCGAUUCAAGCAUUGAAAACCGUGAAGCUGGUUGUUCCACAAUUAUAUCCACUCGAGAAAAGCUCAAUCAAGCUACAGGGCGUCGAGGGUCAGGAAGUCAAAGCCACGGAAUUAGGAUUUACUCAAUGGGUUGAACAAACUUCACAGCUAAGCCUGGUGUCUCAAAUCAACUACCUGGCGAGCAAUAUCCACAAAUUUGCAGAAACGCCCCUCCCAGAAAGCCAGGAUCUGACCGAUACCACGCCUAUUGCGGCGGAGGUAGAUGAGACUGAAGAUGUUGAGGUUGCCGCGCAAUCACCUCCCAAGGUGUCAGUCCCCGAUGACGAAGACCGGCCACAUCUUCAUGUCAUCCCCCGUCCUCCUGAAUGGUCAGUCCCAGAUCCCCACAGCGGAGCCGAGGGGGCGUCAGAUGAGUCAAGCUACGACGAAGACGAGUUCUCCGACGAAGAAGACGACGACGAAGGCGGGGCACCCGUCCCUGCAGCAGUGGAUAAUAACGCGCCUGGACGAGGCGUGGCACUUUCCUUCCCAUAUAUGGAGCUAUACGGGAUUGAGCUGCUGGAGCUCACAAGCCUUAACAUUACCAUCAAAUGUGAGAGGUGCAAGGUUCCAGCGGACAUCAAGAAUGUGCCACACAUUACCGAAGAGAAAGGUCAAAUGGCGAAAAUGGAGUCUUGCAAAAAGUGCGCUAACAAUAUGAGUAUUGGUGAGUAUAUCCGCAAUUUGAAUCUUUAUCAUGUUGGACAUGGACUUACAUUUGGUGCUGCAGCUUUCCGGAGGCAAUUGAUGCACUCUCAUGCUAAUCGCGCUGGCUAUAUCGACUUGGACGGCUGUACAAUUGGAGACAUGUUGCUUAGGUUGGCUCUCUCUUCUUUGUGUAUGAUGCGCAUUUUUUUUAACGAUUGCUUUAGCGACUUCACUCCCACAUGUUCAGAGUGCUCAACUGCCCACCCAGCGCCCGGUGUACCUGCAGUUCGCGGUGAGAGUGCGAUGGCUAUUUGUCGCCAGUGUCAUCGUAAAAUGGGUAAGCUUCAGAUCGCCUAA